ACGGUGCAAAUCAAAGAAGGCCGUAAUCUCAUUCCAAUGGACCCGAAUGGUCUUAGUGAUCCCUAUGUUAAGGUCAAACUAAUUCCAGAUGAACAUGAAAAGUCCAAGAAGAAGACGCGUACCAUCAAGGCUUGUCUAAAUCCUGUGUGGAACGAGACCAUCAAAUAUGAUCUCAAGCCAGAAGACAAAGAUCGGCGUGUACUUAUCGAGGUCUGGGAUUGGGACCGCACAUCGCGCAAUGAUUUUAUGGGCGCUUUGUCGUUCGGUAUAUCCGAAAUUAUUAAGAACCCCGCGGAUGGCUGGUUCAAAUUGCUCACACAAGAGGAGGGUGAAUACUACAAUGUGCCAUGCGCCGAUGCCACACAGGAUCUACUUAAACUCAAAAGUCAAAUGCGGAAAUCAUCACAAAAGAAACCACUGGUGAUGCGUAGCGAUACAAAUACACAGACACAAUCUAAAAAGGAUAUGAUACGUGCUACCGAUUUCAAUUUCAUAAAAGUGCUGGGAAAAGGUUCAUUUGGCAAGGUCAUGUUGGCCGAACGCAAGGGCACCGAAGAUCUCUUCGCCAUUAAAAUACUCAAAAAGGACGUCAUCAUACAGGACGACGAUGUCGAGUGUACAAUGAUUGAGAAACGUGUUUUGGCUUUGGGCGAAAAGCCACCAUUCCUAGUACAGCUGCACUCAUGCUUCCAAACCUUAGAUCGUCUCUUCUUUGUCAUGGAGUACGUCAAUGGUGGCGAUUUGAUGUUUCAAAUACAACAAUUCGGCAAAUUCAAGGAGCCGGUAGCUGUCUUUUACGCAGCCGAAAUAGCCGCCGGCCUCUUCUAUCUGCACAGUAAAGGCAUUUUGUAUCGGGAUUUGAAAUUGGACAAUGUUCUUUUGGAUGCCGAUGGUCAUGUUAAAAUUGCCGACUUUGGCAUGUGUAAGGAGAAUAUUAUUGGUGAUAAGACAACAAAGACAUUCUGCGGCACACCCGACUACAUAGCACCCGAGAUCAUUCUGUAUCAACCCUACGGCAAAUCGGUAGAUUGGUGGGCUUAUGGCGUUUUACUCUACGAAAUGCUCGUCGGCCAGCCGCCGUUCGAUGGUGAGGAUGAAGAAGAGUUGUUUGCUGCCAUUACCGAUCACAAUGUCUCCUAUCCGAAGAGUUUGAGCAAGGAGGCCAAAGAGGCGUGCAAAGGGUUCCUCACCAAGCAACCGAAUAAACGUCUCGGUUGCGGGCCCACCGGCGAGGCGGAUGUGCGUAUACAUCCGUUCUUCCGACGAAUCGAUUGGGAGAAAAUCGAGAAUCGUGAAGUGCAACCGCCAUUUAAGCCGAAAAUUAAACAUCGCAAAGAUGUCUCGAAUUUCGAUAAGCAAUUCACUUCGGAGAAAACAGAUCUGACUCCAACGGAUAAAGUAUUUAUGAUGAAUUUGGAUCAAACUGAGUUUGUGGGCUUCUCCUACGUGAAUCCGGACUAUGCGGUGCCCGUUUAAAGGCACUGAAACUCCGCACACAAAACACACACACACCCAAAGUACUAGGAAUUGAAAGGACACAACCAAGGAAAGAAAAGCGAAAGCUGGGGAGAGAGCGGGAUAUAGCGUAUCCGAGAAUAUUACAUUGUUUUAUCGGAAGUAAGCAAGUAAAGCAGGAAAUCAAGCAUUAACCAGCUUCAACGUCGUUUGAUAUGUGUGUGUAUUGUUGCGGUGCGUUUUUUUCGAGCAUACUGUACUUUCGUGUGACCAGCGUGCCAUUAUAAGAAUUUUAAGCAGAAUUUCCAAAGCGUACUGAUAAACUCUAUCGGGUGAAAGUGAUACUUAAUGAUGUCAUAAUAUGAACAAAUGAUAUGGAAUUGUCUAUGACUGAAAAGCAGGUGUUGGCGCCAUCAGGUAUACCACCAUUUUUGGUCUCACCACACUCGUGCUUUCAAACCAUGGUAAAUGGGCUCUGUUUGCUCUGUGUGUUUUUGAGGUUAAUGCUUUGUGUUGAAGGAUCGCUUGUUCUUCGCUAUGGAGUAUUGUAAAGGCGGUGAUCUUAUGUAUCACAUGCAGAUCUAUGGACGUUUCAAUGAAUCUGUAGCUUUCUUAUCGCGAUCUCAAGCUGGAUAAUGUGCUGUUGGAUAGCGAGGGACACGUAAAACUUGCCGAAUACGGUUUGAACACGUUCAAAAAUAUCAAAGAAAAGAAAGCAGUAUUUCCGAAACACUUCCAACAAGAGGCUAUGGAUGUGCUCACGCUAGUUGAGUAAUUUUAACAUAAAAACACUAGAAAAAUUCGUUCACGAUAGUAUAUUUUGCGAUGUAGUUCUUCGCUAAGAAGCCAAGCAAUCGUUUAGGUUCCGGACGCUAUGCGCGCUCUGAGGUUACCAUGCAUCCAUUCUUCAGGAAUAAUGACUGGGAUAAGGCCGAAGCAAAGGAAAUGGAGCCACCUAUUGUGCCAAUGGUGACUGAAGAUUGUAAAGGUUGCAAAGAUGUUAAAGUGUUGAAACUCUAAUAAAGGCAUAUGCUAAACAGCUUGUUAAGAA